UCCCAACAGAAGACGAGCCACCUGUACCUCCUGAAAGAAGACGUAAGCUUCAAGAUAAGAAAUCAGCUGAGACGCAAAUCAAGGCAGAUAGCGAUAACCUGCAAACGAACCGAGAUAAAAUGAUCUUGGUUAGCAGUGGCAAGGUGAAGGAUCGUGUUCAGCAUUUCGACGACAUGGAAAAAAGGAAAAAUACUAAAAGAUGUCUUUCUCCACUACCUGACAAAGAGAACAGAAUAAGCAAGGGUCAAGAAAUAGAAGAUAAUAUUUCUAUUUCUGUGUUGGACCCUAAGCUAAAGAAAGAAUGGUUUGUAAAAGCUGCUCAGUGUGAUUAUCAUGCUCUUGUCAGCUUGCUAAAGAAAGAACCAAAGCUUGCAGGAAUAAAGGUAAAUGUUUCAAUCACAGCUCUUCAUUGGGCCGCAAAGCAAGGUGACGCCAACGUUGUGAAGCUCAUUUCCGGUGCUUACAAGGUGAAUCCCAAUGUUCGUUCGGGCUAUACACCCGUCCACUUAGCAACUCUGUAUAAACAUGAUAUGAUUGUCCACCUCCUUGUACAUACCUACGGCGCCGAUCCUUCCAUACGAGACUACAGCGGUAAACGAGCUGAUCAGUAUCCUGACAAUCACGUCAGAACUGUUUCGGGUGUUAAAACAAUGGAACGGAAACCACUUAAAACCCGGCCUUUGGAGAAAGAGCCGAGUUCCGGAUUCAUUAGGAUAGGUUCUCUCAAUUUACGAAAAUCGAGGAAAUCGGCUGUUUUUGCAAGCGUACGAGGCAGCACGAGGAGCUGGGGAUCAGCCACUGAAUUGAGGUUAAGUAAUUACAUGUCCACAAGGAAGAAAACGCCAAAAAUCCAGAUCGAGAAAAAAUGUGAAACGGAAGUAAAGAAUGAUUCCGACUCGGACAGUGCUUACGGAUUCAAUUCGAAAUAAGUGAAACUGAAGAUUCCCGAUCGACCGCAAGUGGACCGCCACUUCUUAGAAAUCAUGCCAAAGUGAAACUGAUGGACUGAAAAGUGAAUCAUGGAUAGCUGGGAAAAACUUGUUUCAUAUUUUACUGGAACUGACUUGUAAUUGAACUGUACAUAAUGAAUACUAUUUAUUUGCUUUUUGGUUUAAUUCCUAGAGCUGAAAUGAGUUAUCUAAUGUAGUA